AAACCCUCGUGUGCACGAAAAAAAAGAAAAAGUAAGAUUCGUCCUAGCUCGUUGGAGAGGGCCGUGUCCGCCGUGCUAACCUAGAGCGAGAGCGACUUGAAGGCGACAGUGCUGCCGGGGAUGGAUUACCUGAUCGGCGGUGCCUGGAAUUGCAAGGCAGGCUAGCGACGGAUGGACGCGGAGGGAAUGGAGUUCCUUCUCGACGCGGUGAACAGAUUUCCCGUACGGGAGGAAUUUGCUGACAGCCUUGAGCACCCAGAUCCUGUGCCUCUCCUCUAUUUGCUGCAGAAGGGGAGUUCAGCAGAAGAUGGCGUUGAGGCCAAUGGUGUUUCUGGGCUGGCUCAAGUGGACAACGAGGGGGUAGCUGCAAACCGAGAAGAUCGUGAACAUCGGCCCCGUGCAGAAUCUCCGGCGAGGUCUGCUCAAUCAACGGACAGGGUGAAUCCGCAAGCCCCCGGCUGGACAAAAAGGCUGCGGCUCGGAAGCGCACCUCCGGACCGAGUGCCAUGCCCAUCGAGGAUGAGCGCUCUCGAGAUUUCGAUACGCAAAUAUGCGAAGCAGCCUGACAAAAGCGUCGUUAGGCCUGAGCUAGGGCUCAGUUUUGAUUCGUUAGGGGAGGCGUAUGACUUCUACAACCUAUACUCAUGGGAGGCCGGUUUCGGAAUAAGAUAUGGGAAAAGCAGACUCAACGCCGGCCGGACAAAAACCAUGCAGGAGAUUGUUUGUGGUUGCUCGGGAAAACCUGAAACAGAAAACAGUAGGUCCUGCAGAUGUGAGUGCCUAGCUUUGAUCAGGCUCCUGCGUGCAUCGGACAACAGCUGGUACAUAACAGAGCACCGAGCGAGUCACAACCAUUCCAUGUCGCUAACAAUGGGAGAGAAGGUGCACUGGCCGUCUCAUAAGCACAUUGAUGUAUACACCAAGUAUUUGAUAAAGCAACUAAGGGAGAACAAUGUUAAUCUUGGGAAGGUUUACAACAUUAUUGGGAGCUUCUUUGGGUCAGUAGAGAAGGUACCAUUCACUAAAAGGACGCUCAGAAAUAUUUGUGGGAAGAUUAGCCGUGAGCAAGCUGAGGACGAUGUCCGGAAAACACUGCAGGCGUUUGCUGACAUCCAAGCAAACGACCCUGGAUUUUCCUAUGUGGUGUUGGCAGAGAAAGACAACAAGAUUCGAAACCUCAUGUGGGCUAACGGCAGCAGCCGGAUGCAAUACAAAUUCUUUGGUGACGCAGUUACCUUCGAUACCACUUAUCGGACCAACUUGUACGAUAUGCCGUUUGGGCUAUUUGUAGGAGUUAACAACCACUACCAGAGUAUCAUAUUGGCAGGGGUUUUGAUGCGUGACGAAUUAGAAGAGAGCUUUGAAUGGAUGUUGGAGGAGUUUGUCCGUAUGAUGGGCGGCCCUGCGCCGAAAACAAUACUAACAGAUCAAUGCAGAGCCAUGGAGGUUGCAAUCAAGAGAACUUAUCCCGAUACAGUCCACCCUUGGUGCAAAUGGCAUGUCCUGAAAAAGGCGAAGGAAACGGUAGGUCCGUUGUACACCAAGAAGAGUGACUUCCAGGCUGAAUUCCACAAAGUUGUUAACCACAUGCUAACCGAGGAAGAGUUUGAGUCAGCCUGGGAAGCGCUGCUCGAUAAGUACAGUUUGAGGAAUCAUAACUACAUGGCCCAAAUCUAUGAGACCAGAAGGAAAUGGGCAAAACCAUAUUUCAGGGGCGUGUUCUGUGCAAAAAUGACAAGCACUCAAAGGAGCAAGAGCGCAAACCACAUGCUCAAAUCGUACAUCUCACCUGCCAGCCCAAUGCAUGUUUUCGUCAGGCAAUACGUGAAACUGCAAUUUGAUCGUGAACGCGACGAAAGCUACGAGGAGAAGAGAACUAUGAUUGGCGGUGUGGUCAGACGUACUAACCUUGCAAUAGAGCGUCACGCCAGCAAGGUUUAUACAAGGAGCAUGUUUGAGGAAUUUGGGCGACUACUGAUCGAAGCAACCGCAUACAAUGUUACUGAAGUGGUAAAGAUGAAGAAGUACAUCACGACUCACAACAAUGCCGCAAAGAGAGAGAAGUGGAGCAGAGUUGAGUAUGAGGUGACCAUUAAUGAUGACCAAUCAAUAUUCACCUGUGAGUGCGGCCAGUUUGAGCACAUGGGGAUGAUAUGCAGCCAUACGUUGAGGGUUAUGGAAAUUCUUCAUCUAGAAGAGAUCCCUAAAUACCACAUCCUAAAACGGUGGACAAGGGACGCGAGAGACAUACUACCAGGUCACUUGUCCAGUACCAGAGAGACAAUUCACAGAACCAGUCGUGCGGCUGGGGGACGCAAGUGCUGCAUGCUAUGAUCACGUCAACGCUGCCCUGGAUUCUGUGAUUCGGAGCGCAGCGCCUUUGGCAGAGAAAUGUGAUGGACUGGCUUUCGAGGAUCGCGUCAUUCCAAUAGCCGACGGCGAACAAGCAAUUGCUGAUCAUGAGGCCGACCGUUGUCCAAGUGCUGGAAAUUCUUUCAGCACGAAUGCCAUGCAGUGCCUCACAGCGCCUGAGAAGCGUAGAGGCCCUGGGAGGCCUACUAACAGCAGGGACAAGGCAUCAUACGAAGGGCUGAGUAAGAGAACAAGGUUCUGCAGCAUAUGUCACCGUGAAAGGCUCAAGAAAACGACCUGCCCAGAAAGAGAUGUGCCGAAGAAACCGCGAAAGCCUGGUAAAUGCAAAAACUGCGGGAUAGAAGGCCACCGACGUACCACAUGCACGAGACCGCUUGGGUUUGCAGAGAAAUGAUAUAGGUUUUUCCAUUCUUGUGAUUUUCGUGUUUGUUUGUAAACUAGGUACGAGUGCGACGCACAUGAGCUGAGUUUAUCUGUGCUUAUCAUCCGGCAAGGCCAAAAAACUUUUUUUACUGUUGUACGUCUUGUGAUAAAACUGAAAUUAUAUGUUGGUGAGUGAGAAAACCUGUGUGGUUUGC